AGAGGAAUACAGCGGCCCGCCCGCCUUACGCCACUUCCGCUUCCUCCAGGCAGGGCGGGUAAUUCGAACGUUUAGGUCUCCGUCGACCCUCCGGGUUGGCGCGAGCCCCGGCGGCGGAGACCGCGGCGAGGGUUGAGACCAAGGCUAACAUGUCCGAGAGGCGAACGCGGUCCGGAGGAGCCGCCCAGCGCUCCGGGCCGGGGGCCCCAUCUCCUACUCAGUCUCUGCGGAGGUCCCAGCGGAAAUCAGGCCCUGAUCUCCAGAGCACCCUCCCUGAAAUCUGGCCCAAGGCACCCCAUGCGGCUCCAGGCAGAAAGCCCAUCGUUUUAAAGAAGAUCGUAGCGCAUUCUGUAGAGGUGCCGCCUGUCCACACACCUCGAAGGAGCCCAAGGAUUGCUUUUUUCUUGGAGAAGGAAAACAACCCUCCCAGCAAGGAGCCUGCGAAGGAGGACCGCUUCAAGGCAUGUGGAGUUCCUGUCACGCCCACCACCACCCCCGUGCUCUGCCCCCUGAAUGCUGAGUCUAGCUCCAAGGAAGGAGAGCUGGAUGCCAGAGACUUGGAAAUGUCUAAGAAGGUCAGGCGAUCCUACAGCCGCCUGGAUACCUUCGGCUCCGCCUCUACCUCCACCCCGGGCCGCCGGUCUUGCUUUGGUUUCGAGGGGCUGCUGGGGUCAGAAGACCUGGCCCAGGUCUCGCCUGUGGUGUGUUCCAAGUCAACCGAAGCCCCCAGGGUCCCUGUGAAGCCCUGGGCCCCAGAUACAACUCUGCCCGGAAUUUCGCCGCCAGCCGUGAAGGAGAAACGCAAGAAGAGAAAGGUGCCCGAGGUCCUGAAAUCGGAGCUGGAUGAAUGGGCCGCGGCCAUGAACGCGGAGUUUGAAGCUGCUGAGCAGUUUGAUCUCCUGGUUGAAUGAGAUGUCGGGGAGUCCCUGGCCAUCCUCUCGCCUCCCCUGUACAUAGCUCCUCCCUGUGGAGAAGACCCUUGGGGCCCCUCCUCUGGCCUUGUUCCAUGUACAUAAGCAGCUACUAUGCGAGGCCUGUGUUCCUCAGGGGGCUGGGGCGGUGACAACAGCCGUCUCAGGAAAUGGGGCUCGCUGGGCCUGGCCACGCUUUGCUGUCCUGUGUCUGGUCUGGCCUCCCCCUGCCUCCCAGUGGAGUCUCGCCGUUUGACAGCUGGGCCGCACACUAGGGAGUAGGAGCUGCUGGCCCAGCCAGAGGAGGGGAAAGGCCUGGGACUGCAGGUGAGCAGGGACCGGGGCUGUGGUUGGGAAGCGCAGCUGCUCUGCGCCGCCCCAGAGGCCUCAUUCCCAGCCACAAGCCCAUCUACGUAAAGAGGCUCUCAGAUUCUGUAGAUGGUCCAGGAGAGAAUUCAUGGGUUGGGAGGAGUUUAACCUGUGAGAAGAAGACACUGGACACUGUAGAAUUUUACAUUUUGAAGGAGGUGGGGAAGCCUUGGUUGGGUCUGAGACCAAAAGUAUUUGCUCAGAGAUGCUGUGUUUAAUCACUCUGCCCUGCUGCUGACAUGUUCGGUUAAAUGCCAGGCGGGAGGAGCACAGGCUGCUUGGGGUAAAGAGGGUGCGUUUCCCGGUGUGGCCGUCAGGUCCCGGAAACUGAGGCCCAGGCUUCUGGACCAGACACCGCACAGGGCCAGGAAAGGGGUGGUGGCGGGAGGUGCCCCAGUUGCCACACACACCUAUUACAAAACAAAGUGCACAGAGGCUCCUCCCCCCUAGAGGGGAAAACGGGGUUGUAUGCUCCGCCCCCUUGUGCUAGACCUGCUAGCUUUGCAGUUGCAGCUCGCUGGUGCAUGUUUUGACAUUUCCAGGGUCAUAGCAGUAGAGGCUGAGAGGAGCGUGUCAGGGCUGGUGGGGAGCAGAAUACCGGGGAGGAUGCGCUCAUGCUUGGUUAGGGGACCUGAGACCCCGGGCCACGCCUGGAGGGUGCUAACAAAAGCCCUUGCAGGGCCUGGGAGCCCUGGGCUACCUGUUCGACACUUCGUGAUUUGUCAGACUGCCCUGCCCCAAGCACGCCCCACUGCCAGGCAGCCCAGAUGCCCCUGAGCCGGACAGCUGACGAAUUCUUGUCCUCCCCUGCUGCCGGGGCAGAGCUCCUGGGAAGAGCCUUAGUCCUGCAGAGUAGGGAGUCACCAGGUGGUGUGGAGUUGAUGUCAUCAUGGCAAAUUGUUUCUGUCCCUGAGAAAUUAGGACUGUGGGGUGUAGGGAAAAACUGUGUUGCUGUUGUUGUUUGAAUUAAAAAACAAAACCCUGAUUAAAAA